AUGACAUGGGUUACUUCUGAAGAAAUUGAACAUCUUAAGAUGUCUGUCAAUGUUUCUUCACCAAGGGAGCGACUUCGCACUUCUUUAGCUCCUUCUGCUCUGGAGCAUGUUAGUUCCUUAGACAUUGAUUCAGAUGUUAAUAGUAUACGAUUUUCUUCAAUAAUAUGCACAAUUGGACCAGCCUCCAGGGAUGUCAGUGUGCUCGAGAACAUGAUCGAUGUUGGAAUGAAUAUUGCUCGACUGAAUUUUUCACAUGGUACCCAUGAAUACCAUGCCGAGACUAUUGCCAAUGUAAGGGAAGCUAACGAGAACUAUAACAGUAAGCAUCCUACUAAGCAUCAAGUAGCCAUUGCUCUCGAUACCAAGGGACCAGAAAUUCGUACAGGAUUGCUUGAAGGUGGUCCUAGUGCAGAAGUUGAACUUAAAAAAGGAGAAACGAUCCGUUUGACGACUGAACCACAGUUUUCUUCCAAAGGGACAGCAUCUGAAUUAUUUGUUGACUAUCCUAAUAUGCCAAAAGUUGUUCAGCCCGGCAAUUUGAUCUACAUAGAUGAUGGUCUCAUCAGUCUUAGAGUAAAACAAAUAGGGCCAACUACUAUUGUAUGCAAUAUUGAAAAUGGUGGUAUGCUAGGUAGCAAAAAAGGUGUUAAUUUACCUGGAAUAAAUGUAGAUUUGCCUCACAUAUCAGAAAAAGAUCGUGCUGACCUAAAAUUUGGUGUUGAGCAAGGAGUUGAUAUGGUUUUUGCAUCCUUCAUCCGAAGUGCUGCUGCAAUCAAAGAAAUUCGGUCUGUACUUGGUGAAGAAGGAAAAAAAAUAAUGAUAAUCUCAAAAAUUGAAAAUCAUGAGGGCGUAAAGAAAUUAGAUGAAAUAAUUGAAGCCUCUGAUGGAAUUAUGGUAGCACGUGGUGAUCUUGGUAUUGAAAUACCAACUGAAAAAGUAUUCCUUGCUCAGAAGUGUAUGAUUGCAAAAUGUAAUUUGGCAGGAAAGCCAGUUAUUUGUGCUACUCAAAUGCUCGAAUCAAUGAUCAAAAAGCCGCGACCUACAAGAGCUGAAAGCUCUGAUGUUGCUAACGCGAUUCUUGAUGGAGCUGAUUGUGUUAUGUUGUCCGGUGAAACUGCUAAAGGAGAUUAUCCUCUUGAGUGCGUUAAGACCAUGGCAAACAUAUGCAAAGAGGCCGAAACUGUGGUUUGGCAUAAACAACUUUUUGAAGAUCUUGUUAGUUUGUCUCCAACUCCAAUGGAUGCAACCCAAAGUAUUGCUGUAGCUGCUGUUGAAGCUUCAGCAAAAUCUCUUGCUAAUGCAAUCAUAGUAAUUACGACUACAGGUCGUUCUGCCUAUCAAAUAGCUAAGUAUCGACCAAGAUGUCCUAUAAUUGCUGUAACUAGGCAUCAGCAAGUCGCUAGGCAAUGCCACCUCUUCAGAGCUGUGUUACCCGUUUACUAUGACAAACCUGUGGAGAAUGACUGGCUGAAGGAUAUCGAUGCAAGAAUAAUAUAUGCCCUGACAGUCGGAGAGCAGCACGGCUUCAUCAAAACAAAUGAUGUUGUCGUUGUUGUGACUGGUUGGAAAAGAGGAGCUGGUCAUACCAACACCCUUCGACUAAUUACCGUGCCAGAGAAGUUGGAUGGUAACUCUGCAUUCGCUCAAUAUCAGUAA